AUGCCAGAAGUCUUAAGGUGGGAAUCAAAAUUGGACGCUUCAAUUAAGGCGUCAGAAAUUCCUCAAAAGAACUUUGAUGAAGAAAUCAUAAAUCUAAAUCAGAAAGACAUAUCGAAUGAAUCUCGAUUUGCGAGUAUAAUGCGAUUGAAUUCACGAUGCCCCAUGAACUUACUUCUUUUUUCAUUUCCAGCACCAUUAAACAAGAAGGAUGAAUACAUCAAGGCAGUCAAAGAUCGAUUGUCUACAAAUACUGAAAUGAAAACAUUCAACGUUGCAAUCCGCGAAUACUUUGCUGCUAAGGAUUCAUCUAUGCGUAAUCCUGAGUCAAGAGAUCAAAUAUGUGAAGAUUUUGUUUCCAGAUUUAUUAGAAAUGAGAUAUGA